UGUUUAUAUAGUCUAUUUUGAGUUGCUCGAGUUAUGUCAGGGGUUGCUCCUUCAGUGGGUAAUUUGAGUUUACUUUGAGUUGCUUCAGUGGGUCCUUUUUCCUCAAGGGUUCCCAAAACUCUCGAAACCCAAACCCUCUCUCUCCGAUGGCUCAGCGGUCCGAUUCUGAGUCGGACGGGGACUCCUGCUCUUCGCUCCCUAGUUCAGCUGACCAUCCUUCUCUCAUCCAAUCCAGCAACCCGGACUCGAACCCGAAUCCGACGUCGUCGGGCUCGAUACCUACUUUACUCCACCUCUCUUUCAACCAGAACAACGCGUGCUUCGCAGCGGGGACCAAUUCCGGUUUCCUCGUCUUCCAGUGCGAGCCAUUCAAGCUUCAAUUUCGCCGUGACUUCUUACCGCAGCCGCGAGGGGCCGUUGGAUUCGUUGGGAUGCUCUUCCGUAGCCAGAUGCUUGGACUUGUGGGUCUUCCGAACGCCGGCAGUGAUCCCGUACAGCCACCGAUGUUCCCGUCGAACAAACUCAUGAUCUGGAACGAUGUCGAGUCAAGGUGUAUCGGCGAGCUCUCCUUCCGCUCAGACGUUAAGUCCGUUCGUCUCCGGAACGACCGUAUCGUUGUGGUGUUGCAGCAUAGGGUUUACGUCUAUAACUUCGCGGAUUUGAAGCUGGUACACCAAAUCGAGACUGCCGCGAACCCUAAAGGCCUUUGCGAGGUUUCGCACGUGGUAGGACCUAUGGUGCUGGUGACUCUUGGCCUCCAGAAAGGGCAAUUGAGGAUCGAGGAUUACCGGUCAAAGCGUACUAAGUUUGUCAUGGCGCAUGAUUCAAGGUUAGCGUGCUUAACACUCACUCAGGAUGGGAGGCUGUUGGCUACGGCCAGUAGUAAAGGGACUCUAAUUAGAGUUUUCAAUGCUCUUGAUGGCUCGCUUCUGCAAGAGGUCAGGAGAGGUUCAGAGAGAGCUGAGAUAUAUAGCCUUGCUUUCUCUUCAACUGCACAGUGGCUAGCUGCUUCAAGUGACAAGGGAACUGUCCAUGUCUUCUGUCUCAAGGCAGUUUCUGGAUUGUUGGGGAAUGAUGGAUCUUGUGCUGCAGCUGAGCAGAGUCUGUCUGAUCAGCCAUCUAAAUUGUCACUUUCCCUCUUUAAAGGUAUAUUGCCAAGGUAUUUUAGCUCAGAGUGGUCGGUGGCUCAGUUUCGGUUGAAUGAAGGUUUGCAGUACCUUGUGGCCUUUGGGCUCCAAAAAAACACUCUUAUGAUUAUCGGCAUGGAUGGAAGUUUCCACAGAUGCCAGUUCGAUCCCAUGGCUGGUGGAGAGAUGACUCGGCUUGAAUACUACAAUUUCCUGAAGCCAGCAGAAGAGUCUUCCUGAUGGUAUGCAUAAUUUCCUGAAGCCGGCAGAAGAGCUUGUAAAAAUGAUUCCGUUUCCAGUGCUGAUGGUAUGCAUAAUUUCAGUUUCUUUACAAAUUUUGGCAAAGUACAUAAUGUUGUAAAUAACUUAACCACGUGGGUAAAUGAAGAUUGGCUAGGUUUUGAUAA